CCCGUCCUGACGAUGGUACCUCUCCAAUUGAAAGCUAAUCUUGUAAUUAUCGCGAGAGUUCGGCGAGUUGGUCGUCAUGGGAACGGCGGCGGCGGUUGGGCUGCCUCCUGCGCUGCCGCCCCCCCGCGGUCACAAUGGAUAAUACAAGGGGGAGCUUGGAUAGAAUUUCAAGGCCUACAUCUAGCUCAAGUACUUAUCCUAAUGGUAGAUCUUUAAAUACAUCUAUGGAGUUAUUAACACCAGAGCCAUGUUUACCAAAGGAUGAUUCACCUGUCAGUUUGGCUGCUAGUUAUCAAAGAGGCAGUCUAGAAGACGGCUGUCCAGAAGAAAACAAAGGAUUUAUCUCUAGUUCAGAUUCUGGAGAUGAGAGCACUGAAACACAGACUUCAAAAUUCUGUGAACCUUCCCAGGGGACACUAAGUCUUGCAGAAGCAGCAAACUCUUCCAACUUUGAAUAUUCUGAAGAAACAGAUGUAGAUCCUCAUGUUCAAGCAGCUAUAAAGAAAAUGAAGAAACUUGACACAAUACUGGCAAAAAAACAUUUUAAGGAGAGAGCAAUUAAAAAGCAAGGCAAAGAAAUAAGGGCAAAGCUCUGGGAGGAACUUAAGUUUAUUGGAACUACUGGAAGCCAUGAGGAGAUAGAAAACACAAAACUUUUCUUAACUUUGAUGUCAUCGUGGCAGGAUACUGCUGUUCCCUUCCAUGCUAAAGAAGAUGAAAUAUGUGCUUCAGUAUUUCACACACAAAUUAAUCCAGAAGUUUACGAUUGCCAUAAAACCCAACCUAAUCAGGAUUACCCAAGGGAAUUAGAAACAAACGUAUUUCUUAAUCAAGCAGAAAAAAUUCAUAGCAAAAGUAAAAGCAACCAGGAUUUCAUUAAAAAGAACAUUGAGCUAGCAAAGGAUUCAGGAAACCAGAUUGUUAUGCUUGAGGGAGAAAGGAAAAGGCUAAUUGAACUUUUGAAAGAUAGAGAAGAUGGAAUUGAAUUGCAAGGUCUUGAGGAGGAUGUGUCUGCCUGGCUAUCACCAGGGGAAGGAUACACACCUGAACCGAUGGAAUUUCAUCACCUCACUGAGAUAGACAUGAAGCUUCAUUUACUAUUAUCUGAUGGGGAUUUUUCUGUCAUUCCCAGCUCUUGCUCAAAAUCUCCAAGCCAGAUUUAUCAGGAGUCUUUGGUUUAUGCAAACAGAAGCCUAGAAGCAGUUCCAGGUGAAAAGGUUCUGCGAGACAACAGGGAACAACGUGAUCAACAAAAUCGUCUGAGAGAAAUAGAUCAUCAGCUGAAAUCUCUAGAGAGAAAUCCUAGUGAAGAACAAAUGGGCCUCUCUGAAGAGCAGCUUAAGACCCUUCUGGAAGAAUGUAUGCAGCCUCGGAGAACAAUAAGCAACGUUACCAUGCCAAAGUCUCAGGAAUCUCUUUCUUGUGGAUUAAGUCCCCCUUGUUACACAAGUCAAGACUCCACUCUUCACUCCACAUCUACUCUUUCCAAAAUGUUAGUUGAAGGCCAUAUUGUAGGGAUGUUAACGGCUCAGGAAAAGGCUGGACUUGCAGACAAAAGCUUAUGUGUUAAUGCAGAGAGUGAAAUCCCUGGCUACUAUGUCAGCAAAGCAUCGGCUGAUAGUCACUUAUCAAAGGACUCACUGGCCCAAACAGAGGAGCCAGAUGACCUAGAAGGUUUACAGAAGGUGGGAGAUAAGAGUAUUACUGGAGGUUAUUUUAUGUCAAGAGCACUCAACACAGAAAGGUUGAAGAAACCUCCUUUCUUGGGUGAACCAUUAUAUUGCAUCAGCGUGAACAAUGAGGCAUCCACAGAGGCUGACAUUCUCAGCAUACCACUGCAAACCAAAGGAGGUGAGACUCUUAACAGCCCUUUCGAACAGGCUUUUGAUUACGAUGAAAAAAGCCAAGCAGGUUCUCACCAAAGAUGAUAUGAAGAUUGAAAGUUGAGGGGUAACCUGAAGGGAAUGAAUUAUCAUAAUUGAAAACUAUUCCAUGAGCUGAUUUAUUCUUAAGAGACAAUUAUUAUUGUCAUUAUUCUAUGUUGCAGUUUGAUUUCAAAAUAAACUCUUGCAAUUCAUUAAUUUUCCUGGGGUGUUCUAAUAAAUAAAUGUACAUACACGUUUGUGUAGCCGUGUGUCUGAUAAACAAGCAUGUCUUUGUUUGUAGAAAACGUAAAAUAAAACUGGCAGGUUUCUACUGAUGAGACUUCAUUAGAGCAGAUAUGAUAUGUGUAUAAUAAUUUUCUUCCUUUACCCAUUAUCUGCUUUUUUCCCAUGAAGUUAGUGUAACCCUGACCUCCGUGGUCCCAGUGCAGCUUGCUGGGACUUGCAGCCUGUCUGACCGCUGAGCCUGACUCAGGGAAGGACCCAAAUUCGGACUCAGUUCCCUUCCCCGGGGCUGUUUACUGGGCAGCUGGGUAGACUAAAGGUAAAGACUUGCUCAAGUCCUGUGCUGGACGGGCACAUCGGCACCGCUCCGCUCAGCUGUGUCCUGUGAUCGUCCUGCAGACACCUCGUCCUCUGCUGAAGAAAUACGUAACUAAGUGAUGAAAGAUUGUGGUCCCUCGUGCUGCUUUGCUGCAAGUAAAAGUGAAGGAGUUCACAAAUUUGCCCUAACAGCUUCUGGAUUGUGAAACCUUAUAGUAAUGACAAGCUGGGGGGAGGCUGAUACAGCUGGUUUGUGUUUAAGAUAAAAAUUCAUUGCAAGUUUUUGCUUGUCUUCUCUUCAACUGCUAUUUCUCCUGAAUUUUCUACUUAUUUUCUGAGCUGAUGGUUGGUUCUUUAUUUCAUGCACUGUACUGUCAGAAUAAGAAGGAAUUAUUAAAAAAACCCUAUGGUUGUCUUGUAAA